UAUUUUACAAGGUUGUGUAUCAUCAUAUCAUCUACAUGUGUGAUUUUUUGGUGAAUUUAGAUGACUUUCUUAUCAUGGUUUGCACGGGUUUUCACAAAGGCUGUGGUUUGCACUAGAUACGUUCCCGUCUUGUUGUAGUAGGUGUUUAUAAUUCACUGUGCAGGGGUACACCAGCAAUAGUCUCCUAUCACGUUUUAUUUUUGGACCUCAUAUCAGCUGUAUAGAUUAGCUAUUGUGGUUUGAACUGCCAGUUAUUAUGACUUUAUACAAACAGUGGUUUAGUGAAACUUAUCAAAUCUGAAAAUUCAGAAUAGAGCUAAUAGAUCAGAACAGAGCCUAUAGUUUUGGUAACAUCUUUAGCUAUUGUCUGUAUUCCUUCCAGCAAGUGGUCAUGACAUGAGGUUUUACCACAACAAAGAAAUGAUAAAUUGAGAUUGAAAAUAAAAUUCUCAUUUCUAUUACAUGCAAAUAGGUAUAUGGGGCUUACUAUUUUUUCUGUUUGCUUGUGUUCAUAACGAACCAAGAAAAUUCAGUCCGUUCUCAGAAGCACUUAUCACCCCCUUCACAUGUUCAAUGAGACGUCCAUAAUGUUUACCAUCUGCUUUCCAGGUUUCUGGAAUUUACCAGGCGAAAGCUGUUCUGAGCUUUUGAUGGAUUAAGAAGUUUUUUUUUGGGGAACGUUGGCUGGACAAUGAAGUUUGAGAUGCGAGUUCUCAGAUGCAGCAGACUGUUUAUUUUAAAAAAGAUCUUUUGGACCCGUUUUAAAGAAGAUUUUGGUUGUUGAGUUGGAUGCCUGCCGUGCCAUGGGGUUUUUUAGUCGGUGGUGUUUCCACAUGGAUGUACCCGUGACUUGCCAAGCCCAGCAGGCAAGUCCAAGCAAGCAGCCCAGGGGCCUCAAAAAAAAAAAAGCAAGCGGUCAUGAGGAUUUUGGCGGGAAAAUGAUGACGUGUGCAUCGGCUGACCAGCCAAUUAAAACGCCGCGUUCAAAAUGAACCUUCUGCUGGAAGGAAUGUGGUUAACAAAUUUUCAUAGACUAACUCUAGUAGACCACCCAGCCUGCUUCCGGGUCCGGCGCAACCGUAGAACCGGUGGAACAGUUCCACGCUAUUUUCUCCUCCCUGCCAGAGCUAUCAGAGCUCGGUGCACAGGGUCUAUACGCACCGGACCGGACCUUGCGAUUGCAAAACCCACUCUCUCCCCUCCUCUCGUCAGGCACCAAAGCUUUCCCCUUUUCGCAGCGCCGCAUCGGCUUCUCCGAGUCCGAGAUGCCGUUCCGGGGCAUCCUUGGCCUCUCCGCCGCCGUCUCCGGCCACCUCCGCCGCGGCCUCUCCACGGCCGCAUGGCACCUUCCGUGGGCGAUGAUCUACCGCACCGUGCUGGUCAAAUCUCCAUUUCCAGGCUCGUCGAUCCAGCUUGGCGUGCCCCCAUGCGCCUCCACUCUCUUCGUCCCCGAGCACCUCGUCGAUCUACGGCCCCGCCCCGACCCGGACAGCGACAUCUUGGCCCUGCAAGGCGGCAUGGCCACCGCCACGAGCGGCGAUGGCCUCCUCCUCCUCGAUUUCAGAGAUGGCAGCGCAACGGCUCCCUUCGUCACCGCACCCGACGGCAGGCGGGGGCGCAUGCUGGUCGGGCUCGACUUGGAUCCCGACGUCACGCGCUUCGUCUGCAACCCGCUCAGCGGCCAGGUGUUCCGCCUACCGGACAUCGACGGCACGAAGAAGACCUCGUCCUGCCGCAGCGUCGGCCUCCUCACCCGCUCCGCACACGGGCGAGGGCCGCCUGACAGGUACGCUGUCGCCGAGCUCAGUGAGGACCGCGACGCGGAGAAGCGGAGCUUCGUAAUGCGGCGGUUUCUCUCCCAAACUGGGGAGUGGGAGAAGCUCGUGGACUUGCCGUCCCCACUCCCGCUCCCCCGACGGAUGGACAUAUACCCCGAGGUGCUUACCUUCGCCGGACGGCUGUGGUGGGUUGAUCUGAGCUGGGGUGCCGUCUCAGCCGACCCGUUCAGUGACCGACCUGAGCUCCGCUUUAUCGAGCUUCCCAAUACCAGCGUGCAGCCGGUGCCCAAGCCCAGGACGAUGACAGAGCGUUCGGCGGCACAACAGGUACAGGGAAUGUUCCGGCGCAUGGGGGUCAGCGAGGGGAGGUUGCGCUAUGUCGAGCUGUCCCAGAAGAUGCCUUUCCUGCUCAGCUCAUUUGUCCUUGAUGAAGAAAGCAACUGCUGGACGCUGGAGAACCAGGUGGAGCUUGGCCGACUGUGUGGGGACCGUGCAGAUCCACCACCUGAGGAGCACACCCCACGUAUUGGCGUGGUCCACCCACUGAAAGCGAAUCUCAUGUGUAUCACUGUCUGUCGGCAACCGUGCUCUAGCCCUAGACAUGGAGAUGGGGAUGGCGCUCGGUGAGCCUAUAGAUGAACUGGGGUCUGUUGUCUGCAGUACAUUGCUCAGACCAUGUGUGCUCCGGAAAAGGCUUCAAUCAAGUCGGAUCCCUUGUGCAGGCAAGAAGGAAGGUUCUGGAAACAAGACUUUGGCAGAUGUUCUGGUUCGUUCAGGCAGAGACUAGGAGAGCUGAAGUCUACCAGGAAUAAUGAUUCUUCAAGCCAGCAAGUGGAUGCGGAGAAUCAAGCAAUAGUUUCUCUAUUCUCCCUCUAGGCAUGAGCCGGUACCCAUGCGCCGCCGCCCCCGGGACGUCCCUGCACGGCUGCACCCACCACAGCUCGCCGGAGAUGGAUAGUUCCAGCUCUCUCUGUCAAUUGGAUCGCAAUCUACUAGAAACCAAAUCGAUGUAGGCUUUCCCUCUUCUCCGAUGCCUUCCGCUCUGCUCGAAUUUCUUGCCGCUGCCCGCCACUUGCCUCUACGCUAGCCUCCCCUGAGUUCGCGGACAAAUCGAGUCGGAGCUUGGAAUUCGAAUCUGCAGGAAGAUGAUUACGGGCGCAUGGAGCAAAACCAUCUACAAACAACAUAGGCCUGCUACAGACAGACAGCGCGAGAUCUGCAAAGUCGAGGUGCCAUCACUGCCUGCUGUAAAGUUGGGAACUCGCGAGACAGGAGGAGGGGGAGGUGGCGAAUGGGUUACCUGGUAACCCACAACGUUAGGCACUAAUUUGCAUCAAAAUUAAGUGGGUCACCCCGAUGGGUACAUACACCAGACUGAAUAUUUUGGGUACUGGCCACUGGGUCAGUGGGUCGACCCACUAGAAUCUGCAUCCUGUCUUGUGUAUUCUUUAUUUUUUCGUCAUUGGAGCCAACAGGAGGUCAAACCAUUCAUUAAAGAUAGGCAUGUAAUUUCGAAGUGAUGUAGAAUGUCACAAGGAAUUUAGAAGUUACAACCUACAACGCUCUCUUCUUCUCUAUCAAUAGAAAUGGACAGCGUCUUGUGCCGGUUCGUUCAUAAAAGAAAAAAAGCCCUCUUGUCACAAGUGGACAUUUGGAGAGGAUAAAUACACACCUCAUGUCUCUUAAGUUUUCUAGCUCCAUAUUAGUGUUACAGUCAAAGUUACAUUUCCAGGCUGUAUAUGUUAUAUUGUUAUCUAUGCCAAUGCCAAUAUGCCAUUGGUUAGGUACUUAGGCCUGUACCCAGACUAUUGAUUGAUCACUUCCAAUGUAGCAUGCUGCUUAUUGUUCCAACCUCCAAGGAACUGAGGCAAACUCAGUUGUUGGGAGGUGCUGUCACCACUCACCACCUGGGUUUGAAAUUUGAAUUUGAGUGACUUUUUUCUUAAUGGAAAGAUACGUGUUCCCCUAGUUAUUUUCAUUUUCUCUCACAUACACUCCUACUCAUUACAGUCAUGCCAUAGUAAAUGACAGAUUGGUGCCUACGAAAUUCUCAAUUUUUGUUCAAGGAUGGGGCAUUUAAUCCAUGGCAUUUUCGAUUUUUUGAACUAGCAAACAUGAUUAAGUGCAAACCACAAGUGGUGCCAGUCAUAGUGUUCAAUGAACUGAAAGAUGCCCGGCCUUGUCAAUUUGUCAUCACGUACGGAGACACUGUCUUGCUGUUGUUUAAAACACUAUCAUCUUGUGAUCAAACCUGAGAUGAAGCUUGCUAUUUCAUAAUAAGGGUCAUUUCUGCAACCACGAUAUGGACAGACCAUGAAUAUAUUAUCUUCCACAAUCCAUUAGUAAAGUGACUAGGUGGACUGUAAAUCUAUAAUGCUUUGAUCAUUUAGUUGGUGUUGUGCUAAACCCAGAAACAGUUGUUCCCCUAUUUUACCAGUUCUCUAUUCUCUUUGUACGAUUAUUAAAACACGUCCCUAAUAUUCC